UAACGCAGGAUGUAAGCUAUCCAGUAAGGCUGCUUACAUUGACAUGAUUUUGUCAUUGCCAAUAGGGUUCAAGUGAUGCUCUAUUGGAAUUGCACACAUGGCACUUAUUACUAUUGAUGGUAUCUUUGUUUUCUUUCAUCACAGUUGCUUUAUGUGCAGGUCUUUGUAUUUUGUGAUUUUCUCCAAUUCUCUAUUUUGCUGUCACCAGAUGCUGCACAUUCAUUAUCCAUAUCAUUUUUUGUCUUUAUAUCAACAAUUGUUAAGUCUGGGGAGUUAUGUAACAGGUGGUUGUCUGUAUGAAUUCUUAAGUCCCAAAGGACUUUAGCGUCUUCAUUUUCUAUUACUUUGUCUAUUUUGAAGUAGACAAAGUAGUACUUUUUUGAUGGAAAAUGGCAUUUUUUGCAAAUAUUCCAACAUACCAUUGUUGCUACUUCAUCACGCUAUUCUUUGUAGUCUGUGCGAUCUUGCAGCAGCUAACUGGGUGAUUCAGUUUCUUUUUUAUCUUCUCAAUUUUUAUGUAUUUGUUCUCAAGAUUUGGUCUUGAAUUAGUCUUAAUUAAUCUUGAAUUAAUUCUUGCAGUCAGAAUUAGUCCUUCUGUCUCUUUCAUCUUUCCUGUUCUUAGCUUUUGUCAGGUCUUCUUAUCUGCUUUGCUGCUUUUAUACUGGUCAUGUAUUUUUCCUUGCUAUGUCUACUUCUUAUUCUUCAUUUGGUCUUUCUUGUAGGCCAGUUUGGUCUCCUCAGUACUCAGUAACACAAGUCAGCUUAAUAUUAACCUUUAUUAAAUUAUCACAACUGUUACAUGAAGAUAUGUGAAACCUUCUUUCAGAUCCCCCUCACAUAUUAUUCAACAGGUUUUUGAGUGUGAUUAAUUCUAUCAUCACGGACAUGUACUAUAACUAAAUGGUUCUUGGUGGACCCUUACGCAUAAAGGAGAACCACUGCUUUUAGGUUUGUGUGCCAUGGCAAAUGUUAUAAAAGUUUAUAAACUGCAAUAGACUACAUUUUGUGUCUUCUUUUUUAAAAAAAGCACAGCUGUAUCAUAAAACAUAUAUUAGUUUUUGUGGCUCAUAAAACAAUUGAAACUUUGUAUGGAUUUGUUCCCUGAAUCUCUCUCUCUGUAUCAUGAGAUUUUGGCUUUCUGAUUUUUACAGUAGUCUGUGCAUAGUGACAGUUUUUAUUAGCUAUAGAAUUUUGAAGAUUGUAAUAAUCAUCCUGUAAUAAUCCUGACCAUUUUAUGAGCAAUGCAAAAUAUUAGAUCCAAUUAGUUUUUAUCAUUUGUCAGUACUGCAGAUUGAACAUGGUUGAAGUUUGAGAUUACUACCAAUGUUUCCUUCCAAAAAUGAGUAUCUUCAAAGAUUGGUUUUUUUCAAUGCAGAACAGGCCACAUCUGUGAUUUAUAUGAUUAAAACCAAACUCGGCCCUUUUGAUUCAUGGACUUCAACUCCCAGAAUUCCUCAGCCAGAUGCAAGCAAUGUUCACAAGUACAUGAAGAUGCAUCUAGAUAAAAAUCCAGGAAUUCCAUAAAGCCAAGGAUGAAACUUACAACAAAACAAUUAUCUCAGUUCGGUGUAUAAGUCCCUCCGUUCGUUUGGAACUUUAGAACCUCAACAUCACGUUUCUCAAUCUUGGCAAUUCAAACAUGUGUAGACUUCAAUUCCCAGAAUUCCCUAACCAGCAUGUCGUGAGCUGAAUUCCACACACCUUCAAUUUGUCAAGGUUGAGAAACUCUGCUCUAUUUGGAAAUACGCGAUCCGAGUUCCCACAUUUUUAAGGUAUUUUAAUCUCGUUUAACCAUGAUUUAGGACCUUAACUCUUGAAUUAGACGUUGCCAUGCCUCGAAGUGAGCAAAGCCCAACAUCCAUUAUCGAAGGCACCACAUAGUGUACGCCAACUCUUUUGUAGAAAUUAAAGGAAUCGUCGGAUUUAUAACAGCAACCAUUUUCAGUCUAGAGGCACAAUUACGUCUACAGGGUUGUCGGAGGCUUUAAGCCAGGGGCAGGCAGGUGACAAGAGCGCAAACCCCCGCUUCACGCCACCAGCCCCAAGUUCUGUGUGGUAGAAUUGCAGAAAUCGCGGGGCGCGUCGCCUCUGCAAGCCCGCGGCAUCUCCACUCGCUUCCUCCGCCUUCCGCCACCGCCAAUAUCCAGACUUCCUGGAUGACAAGGCCGGGAAUGAGCCCGGCCUGGCUCGCCCGGUAUUUAACGGGGGAGGCCACAGAAAGCACGACUCCUGUGCUCGCCACUGGGACUUGCGCUGAAGCUCAGCCGCGGGCCACCCCGCCAACGCUCUCCGGACCGGCGGAGAAGAGAGUCCAACCAGGGGGGCGCCGGGCCGAGAAGCGGCGACGCGGGCCAGGCAGCCUGGGGCGUCUCGACCCCGCGUCCUCCCCUAUCCCUCCGCGGCGUUUGGUCUCGCCCGCGCCUCCGCUCCCUGCCAUGUUGGAUUGCACGGCCGGCGCCGGGGAGAAGUUGGAAGUUUAGUGCCUGUCGGGAGAGCGGCGGAAGGCGCGCAGAGGGCAAAGAGCGGGACUUUCCGGCCGCUCCGCUCGCUCGCAGGAGCCCCUCAGGAGUUGGUCCUCGGUCCGCCGUGGCGCCCCCUCAGGUCGCGGCCCCGAUGUUGCUGCAAUAGCGCGGGGAGACAGGCUUCUGGCCGCCACCCUCCAGGGGACGCGGGGCCUGACCCCCAGACGAGCCAGAGCCAGCUGCGAAGCCGGCGGAGGGGUUGGCAGUCCCGGCCGGGCGCCGGUGGCGGCCGCUAUGAACAACAGCCAGCAGCAGCAGCACCCGCCGCCGCGGAGGGUCUCCAACGUGGGCUCCAUGCUGCUCACCCCGCAGGAGAACGAGAGCCUCUUCGGCUUCCUUGGAAAGAAAUGCGUGACAAUGUGCUCUGUGGUCGUUCAGAUAUAUGCAGCAGAACGUAAUGCUAUGUGGUCAAAGAAAUGCUGUGGUGUAGCUUGCCUUGUAAAAGACAAUCCACAAAGGUCCUAUUUUAUCAGAAUAUACGAUAUCAAGGAUGGAAAACAAUUGUGGGAACAAGAAUUAUAUAAUAACUUUGUAUAUAAUAGUCCUAGAGCAUAUUUUCAUACCUUUGCUGGAGAUACAUGUCAGGUGGGUCUUAAUUUUGCUAAUGAAGAAGAAGCUAAAAAAUUCCAAAAGACAAUAACAGACCUACUUGGACGACGGCAGAGAAAAUCUGAAAAAAGGAGAGAUCUACCAAAUGGUCCAAGUCUGCCAAUGGCAACUGUUGACAUCAAAAAUCCAGAAAUCACUACUAAUAGGUUUUAUGGUUCACAAGUCAACAAUAUCUCCUAUACCAAAGAGAAGAAAAAAGGAAAAGCAAAAAAGAAAAAAUUGACAAAGGCAGAUAUUGGAACUCCAAGCAACUUCCAACACAUUGGCCAUGUUGGCUGGGACCCAAACACAGGUUUUGAUGUUAACAAUUUGGAUCCAGAAUUGAAAAACCUAUUUGAUAUGUGUGGAAUUUCAGAGGCUCAGCUGAAAGACAAAGAAACUUCCAAGGCUAUAUAUGAUUUUAUUGAAAAAACAGGAGGAGUAGAAGCAAUUAAAAAUGAAUUGCGUAGACAAGGCCCACCACGCUGCAUUGCUCCACCACCACCUCCACCAUCUAGAGGUGGUCCACCUCCUCCUCCACCACCACCACCACCACCACCACAUAGCUCAGGCCCCCCUCCUCCUCCUGCUAGGGGAAGAGGAGCCCCUCCCCCACCACCUUCAAGAGCUCCAAUAACAGCACCCCCUCCGCCACCUCCUUCUAGACCUGGUACUACAGCACCACCACUUCCACCAAAUAGGAUAUAUCCUCCUCCUCCACCAGUUCAUACUUCUGCUCCCCCUGCCCCCCCUCCUCCUCCUCCAUCAUCAGGUGGUUCUUGUGGACCUCCACCACCACCACCUCCCCCUCCCCCUCCUGGUCCUCCUCCUCCACCUGGUCUUCCAUUAGAGAUUGACCAUCAAUUUCCAGCUCCUUCAGCAAAUAAAACAGCUCUUUUAGAUCAAAUAAGAGAAGGUGCCCAAUUAAAAAAAGUAGAACACAACAGUCGUCCAGUCUCCUGUACCGGAAGAGAUGCACUACUUGAUCAAAUACGACAAGGUAUACAGCUGAAGUCGGUAUCUGAUGGCCAAGAGACUGUACCAGCUACACCUGCACCUACGUCAGGUAUUGUGGGUGCACUAAUGGAAGUUAUGCAGAAAAGGAGCAAAGCCAUUCAUUCUUCAGAUGAAGAUGAGGAUGAAGAUGAUGAAGAAGACUUUGAAGAUGAUGAUGAGUGGGAUGACUGAUCAAUAUAUUAUAUCGUAUAUAUAUUUUUACGGUGAAAUACUAAACUACUUUCUGUCUAUGGAUUCUGUAAAAUUAUCAUGUAAAUGUUUUACCAAUUUACUGUAUAUUUUUGUUGCCUUUUGCUUUUUUAUUAAUCUGUGCAAUACCUCAUUUAAUCUGUAAAGGUUUGUCAUCCUAUACAAGGUUACUCCCUUCUAAUUAUGUAAAAGUUUACAUCAGAUGCCUAGUGUACAUGUGAAUACUUUCCAUUCCAUCAAUAAGGGAGUUUUAAUGUAAUCUGUGAGAUUGACAAACACACCUUAAAUGUAUUUAGUUAUAAUUGCAAGAAGGAAAACACUAUUUUCAUACCCUACUUUUUCUGUAUCUAGAUUUUCUUAUUAAAACCUAAUAUAGCACUACAUACUUUAAGCAAUGCAGCUCCUAGUUUUAGCUUCUUCAUCUGGGAAACUAAGCUUCAUGGAUGAGGCUGAUAAAAUGAUGAGCAUUUCAACACUACCAUUCAGAUUUAGUCUUCAAGCUGUAAAGCAAUCACUAGAAAAAUUAAGUGAUCAUGAAAUUUUUCCCUGAUCUGGAGCAUUGUUGCCUAUAUCAGAGCUUUGAUACCUGAAUACUGAAUUUAAGAAUAGUCUGUUUGGUCAAUAAAUCUGAUAGAAACCACCUUUGUGACUUUUCCCAACUGUCGUUCAUGGCAAAGAGGAGUCUACAUUUUUGGCGACUGCUGCAGUCAUUAUUUAUUUUUAUAUAAGGUUUUUUACUGAAGGGCUGUAGUUGAUGUUUGCUUUGAAUAAUAAUGGUUGUAAAUUAAUUUUUUUAAAUGUAGGGCAUUGGUAUGCUAAUAAAUGAACUUAAGUAGUGUAACUGCAGUUUUCAUGGAUUGCGGGACAUGUCAACACAGACACUGGAUCCUAUAACUAAAAUAAAUAGAAAUGGAGCCUUAAACCCAUACCUUAUUGAUUGUGACAACACUAGAUGAUAGAAACUGUUGCUAAAAGGCCAAUGAACAUCUUGCUGAUGUUUCCAUUUUUCUGAACUUAGUCUCUAUUUGUGUUAUCCAGAUCAGUGGGUGGGCACUCUUCCAUCAAAUACAGAAUUUCUCACAGGCUCCUGUGGUUAUUCAAGCAUGUGGGUCAGUGUUGCCUUGUUUCCUUUUGACUCGAAAUUGCUAGACUUCAAAGCAAGAGUAAACAGAGCUAAUUGAACUCUUUAUCUUUUGCUUUGAGAGGAAGAGAUUCACUACUACAAGGUUUAUAAGCCACUUUUUUAUAUAUACCAAAUUUGCACAUUGCAGUAUUUCACUAGAAAUAAGGGAUGUGGUCUUAAAAGUUGGAUGGUCCUGCACUUGGAAUUGCAUUCCAAUAUAUGAUGGGAAAAUUUGAGUUUUCAUUUUAAUUUUUCAUCUUUACUAGGAGACUUAAUAUUUGGACUAUUGCUUAUUUUUCAUGCAGUAUUGCAUUUAAGAUAAGCUUUAUCAAUGCUAAUACUCUACUAGCAGUAAGAAUACACUUAAUAAAUGCAGAAGGUUUCAAGUGAGACAUACUUGGAGUACAAUUAAUCCCUGCUUGCUUCCUUCUUCAUUUUUCUUCUGUUCAUGACAUAUUGGAUAGAAUUAUCUUUAUUGAAAUCCAGUGUUGGCCUGAUCUUAGCAGGCUGGACCUGCAUGAUUUGGCUUGGAUGUUUAAUGCAAUUAUAAUGUAUGUCUAGUAUUUCGGUUUUUACUUCUGUAAGAAGGGUGGGAUUUAAAGAGUAUGCUGAUGAAAGAAGAUGUGGUAAGCAGAAGUUAAACUAUUCCAAAGGGAAUAACUAAUUUGAUGCAAACAACUUGGAAAGGAACAUUUUCAAAGUAUCUUCAUUUCAGUUGUAUCUCUGGCGCUGCUUUGUGCUAGAACAACUUUUCAGUUAGCAUUGCUGCUAGUGGGCUUGAGAAUUGUGAGUAUGUAAUGAUGCUAUGGAGGUGGGUUAAAAGUUAUGCACAUGAGAGAAAAUAUUAGUGGCCUGCAGUACAGCCAGUAGGCUUUCCUCUCUAGUUUCAUAGAGGACAUUUAAAGAGUUGAUAUUGCUCAAUUGGUCUCUAGCAAUAUUACUUGUAAAUUAAGCACAUGUUUCUAAAGUUAGAAGAGUUUGAAAAGAGAUACUAUUUUGAGGAUACUUGUGUAAUCCAUUAAUCAUUUACCCCCAAAUUUUUCCAUCUAUAGAAAGUAUAUCUACGUUAUUGCACAAACAUUCAACUGUUUUGCUUUCAGUAGCAUAUUGUAUGGUUUUGAUUUAAAGCAUGAACGCAGUUACAAUUAGAUUUAAGGUCACAGCUGCAUGUUUCUACUUUCCUGCUCUUGAUGUGGGCAGGAGGCAAUGUUUCUUGUCAUUGAAUCACUACUGCUAACUCUUGAAACCAGGGCAGCCUUUUGCAUCAGUUAAAUUGACCGUCCGCAUAGCCUUGCCAAGUAGCGAAUGAACCUGAGGACUGUCUCUGAACAUUGCGCUUAGACAAUAGCACCUAGUGACUUGUACUCUGAAAACAUCUCAAUCAUUCAGUUUUCCAUUUCAUCAGAUUGAACUUCUUGGUAUGUGAAUUUCCUUUUGGCUCUUCUUUUUCCUCUUCUUUGGAAAUGUACAGUGAAUAGGAUGUUGCACUGGUGGCAAUUCAUCAUGAAGCAUAAUAAAAUUAAUUUGUCUCAAUA